AGAAGACGAGCGCACACAAUGCACUGCACCGCUGACAAGGGUUGUGUCUCCCUCAUUCCCACCACAAAUCCCCAAAUCCGUGGAAACUUGUGAAAAGGAAGCCGCGGGGACGCUUCGUCUCCCCCCCCGGUUCAUGUUGGCGCAGUGUGGCCCUGGAGGGGAAAGGCUGGGACGGCCGGCGAGGGGCCGAACUUGUUGGAUCUAAACAGUGACGGCUGCACGGAGGAGCUGCCCAGCCCGACGGGGGUCGGCCCACACCCUCCUUUACGGAACUCGACACCGAGGCUUUCACAAGCGGGCCUCGGAUUCUGCUUCCAAGUGAUGGAGGUGGAAGCAAGGCGUUUAAGUGCGUGAAGGAGCAGUAUAGUGCUAUUAAAACAAGCGAUUGACAGUAGAACCUUCCAUUUUUCUCCUGCUGGCGCCGGGGAGAAAAAAAAGGAUAAACCUCCGCUAGCUAACAGCUGGAUAUGCUAACGCUAGCUCGUAGCUAACGUUACGUCUUUCUUUUGAUGGACGCAAAGUCAAGCAUCACUGGCAACACGUCGACAAUUAUUGAAUAUUAUUACAAUACAUCAUUUAGGUAGCGUUCUUCUAUUAGUGGCGCGGCGCUAUUGCGAAGAUACAUGUUGAUCCUUUUCUGUCUGAUUAUAUUGUGAUGUAUGGCGUUAGCCCGUAAUGCUAACUGCUAGUUAACACUAACUAGUCGUCGAGUUAGACGCGAUAAGUCAACAACAUUUAGUUUCGUUUCUUCAAUGAGGAGUAAAAGCCUCGUCUGCUUUGUGUUGGCCUUGUUUGGACUCUCGGCCUUCCGAUCUAGCUCACCGUGUCAUUAAAUCAUCUGGAUGGACGUAUUAUGAUGAUAAUAAUGCACGAUUUGCAACAUUUAACCAUCGUUAGGAGGAUUUAACUGGCCUGGCCGUCAUCACAACCUGAGUUGUCCUUUUUGUUUACGUGCGUAUAACUUAUUCGGUUGUUUGUGAAUAUUCCUGCUAACUUUAGCUGUUUCGGAGACACUAAACAAUCUGGUGACACUUCUUGAAAUGACACCCAAAAAAGGCCCUGAUGCCAGUAGACUGUUGCCGGACGCUAAAUAAUAGGUUUCAUUAACGCCAUUUUAACUGCUGGUGUCGUCUAUUCGCGGUUCGGUGCCUUCCGCCGGACCGGGACUCGAACUAAGUCCCCGAGAGUUGCACAGGAAAAAAAAAAAAGGCUUGACGUUUUUCCGGACAUGGAGGGCCCGAGUCGAAGCAGCGGAUUCAGGCAGAGCCGCCGAUCCCGGUCCCAGCGCGACAGGGAGCGGCGGCGGCGGAGGGUGAACCUGGCGGCGGAGGAGAGGGCCACGUCCCUGUCGUCGGGCUCCGACCGGGAGGCUCGCGGGACCAACGGCGUCCGCGGGGCGGGCGCCGACGAGGGCCGACCCGGGUUCGGCCGACACAGGCCCCCGCGCCGGAGGAAGAGGGAGUCCGUGUCCUGCGAGGAAGACGUCAUCGACGGCUUCGCUAUCGCCAGCUUCGUCAGCCUGGAGGCUUUGGAGAUGGACUGCUCCUUGAAGCCCAACCAGCGCACGGACAUGCUGGGCAGGAGGAACAAGGGCAAGAGGGGACCAGAGGAGAACGGCGGGGGGCCUCUGUCCGAGCCGGAGGAAGGCGCUCCUCACAGCUACUGUUGGAACAAGAGCAGAAGCAAGAGGAGGAGGAUGGAGGGACACCCUUUGGAGACUGGCUACAUUUGUGACACUGAGAGCGAUGCUGGAGACAAGGCCUCGGACCAUGACAUGGAUCCAGUGUUCACAGUUAGCACCAGGAAAGUUGUGGAGCCCCCGCCCUCAACUGUCAGCAAAAAUUGCUCAACGGUGCCGGCACGGAAUGGCGUCCCUCGCUUGAUGGUGACGCCCAGAGUGUCGGGCCUGGAGCGGAGUCAGGAGAAAAACCUGGAGCCGCACUUCCCAGAGCCGGUUUCGUCUUCUACCUCCUUCUCCUGCCGGCCGGCCCGCUCCCCGGUCACAGCAGCCGGCCCGCUCCCCAGGCCCGGCGCCAUGAACGGAAACGGCGGCCGCCACAACGGCAGCCCCCCGCUGUCCAAGCCCAAGACCUUCCUCACCUUGGCGGGACCCUCUCAUUCCCUUUACAGCAGGAGCAGCACGCCAGCCAAACCGCCGUCUUCAGUUUCGUCCGUUGCCUCGUCUUCAUCUUCCAUGCGGCCCCCGACGCCCUCCACCAGUGUGUCCAUGUCUUACAUCCGGGGCGCAGGCUCCUCUGGCCCCCUCCGACCUCCGUCUCGAGCCAACUCCGGCGCCAUGUUCACUUCCUCACCCGGCCUCCCUCCCCCACCCCCACUGCUGCAAGGCCCCUCCCACUCUACAGCGGCAGACCAGGAAAUGCUGCGUCAGAAUUUGAACUCACACUUCCUCAACGCCCAAGAGCGCGAGGGCAGACGCAGCGCUCCGGGGGCCGAGAGCAGCAACGGCGGCGGUGCCGCGGGACGCUCCACUCCCGGUGGGCCGUCGGCGUCGAGUUCCACGCCGGGAUCAACGGGCCGAAGUUCCCAGAACCAGCCGAGCAUCCAGCCCCUGGCCUUCCAGUUCCAUCAGCACAACCACCAGCACCAACACACGCACACACACCAACACUUCACGCCCUUCCUGCACCCCACCGCCUCUGCACCCCCCCUGUUCGAUAAGUACCCAGGAAAAAUGGAAGGGCUGUAUCGGCACCCUUUCUUCCCACAGUACCCGCCGCCACCCUCAGUGCCCAAUAUCCAGCCCGUGAUCCCUCCCACCGGGCCUUUCAGCUCUCUGCAAGGAGCAUUCCAGCCAAAGCCUCUCGUUCCUCAGGGAACCGGUCCGGAGUUGAGCGCUCGCCUCGGGGUGGUUCCUCACCACCUGCAGCCAAAAGACCCCCGGCUAACUGAUCCAUUUGGGACAUCGUUGAAAAUCAGUAAUAAACCUGGCAAGUGGUGUGCUAUGCAUGUUUACGUGGCCUGGAUGAUUCUCAGCCAUCAGAAGAAAGUCAAGCUGAUGCAGGCUGACCCUCACAAGUUGGACCUCCGCAGCGACCUGCUGGCCCGUCUUCCAGGAGCCGGCGGACUCGGCCCAAUGGGGCCCAUGGGAGGGCCCCUGCCUCCAAGUCACGACCUGACCAGACCGCCGAGUCUUUUCUCAGCGACAGGUGCAGUCAAUCAGCCCUCGGCACCUUUCAUCACACCGUCAGCGCCGCACUCGUCUUUCCUCGCUCCGGCCACACAUUUGGAUCCAUAUGGUCGAUCCCCACCCUUUACCCCGCUGGGAGCCCUCGGUUCUGGUGCCUUUGGAGGACUAGGAAGCCCAACACUUGCCAACUCCAUGUUUGGUCCUAAGGACUCCCCCGCCGGCAUGGUGGGGAGCUUGUCCAACGCCCCCAACCAUCACGACCCGUGGAACCGCCUCCACGGGGGACCCUCUGGCUUCCCGGCGGGCCCCAGCUGGGCCAAAAGCGACAAGCGGGACGAGCGGGAGCGGGGCAAGGACGGCGAGAGGAGAGACUUACCCCACAUCAAAGACGAGAAGGACAGAGACAACAUGCUGUAUGGCCGCCAACCUGUGAGGAUGUCGCCGGUGGCUCCUCCCUUUAAGCCCCGCAGCAGCACCCCCGUCUCCCACAUCAACGGCCACAGCAGCGUGUUGGGCGGCGGCGGCGCCGUGGAGGACAUGACUCGCGGCUUGAACAGAGACCGAGACGGGGACAAGAGGCCGCUGCCAACAGCGUCUUCUCGGGGGCCUCCUCUUGGCGCUUCCUCGCUCGUAGCAGACCGAGACAGACCGCGCUCGUCCUCGUCCUCCGUGCUCAACACCCCGCCGCCCAGUGGCCGCUCUGCCCAGUCACCCAUGGACCUUUACCCCCGGCCGCUGGGCGCCGCAGCACACGGCUUCCACAGCGAACACUCCCAAAGGGACGGCGCCCUGCCCCCGUCCUCGGCGGCCUCCGCCUCCUCUUUGCCUCAGGCUAAGAAGUCUGAUCGGACCACGACACCCGUCUCCAAAGCCGCCCUGCAGCUGGCACCCGUUAAAGUCAAGGAGGAGCGCAAGGAGGAGCCGGAGCACAUCCCCAUCUCGCUCCCUCCCCCGCUGCCCAGUAACUCCUUUGAGCGGCCCAACAGCCACCCUCACCACCCCAGCUCCGGUACGCCUUCGUCCUCUCUCUCCCUGACUCCCACUCCCGGUGUCCCUCUCCACCCCCCGACUCCGAACCCACCCACCCACAUUUCCCUGCUGGAUCGCUCCAGAGCCAUCGAGGCGUACCUGGGCAGCACAGCGGGGGCCGGUUUGGUCAUGGGCCCGGGCGGGGACCGCUUCUCGCACGGACCCCACCAGGGACCACCGCAGGGGCCACACAGCUUCACCUGGGACCCUUGGAGGGAGCUGGCAGCCCAUCAGCAUCAGCAGCAUCAGCAGCAUCAGCAACAACGGAGAGAGGCCUUGGCACUUCGCUCCGACCCCCACCUGACCCUGCGUUCCGAUCCCCACCUGGCCCGGCUCCUUCAGCACCAGCGCCUGCUGGAGGCGGAGAGGGCUGCGGCUGUAGCCGCACACCACCCAUCCACAUCUACAGCCUCCAACCCCAUGGUCCGCCAGGAGCUGGCCCUGAUGGCGCACCACUUUGAUCGCCACCAGCUGGGCGGGCCGGGCGGGGGUCUGAUGGACGAGGAGCAGCGUGCACAGAUCUUGAGGGAAGACUUUGAGCGAGCGCGCUUCUUUGGGAUGCACCCUCACCUUCCCCCCGGUUCUCACCUGUCCAGUCCCUCUCACGCUGCUACCGCUGCUCACCUGGAGCAGAUGCACCCAGGCCUUCUGUCCCACGGCAUGCCUCCCGGGGGCCCCCAGCACCACAUGGGCCUCUACUCACGCCUCGGCCCGCUCAACGCGCACCACGUGCCCAACGGCAUCCUGGCAAAGACGCCCGCAGGCUUGGUGGGCGCUCUGUCAAUGGGGGCGCCGCCGCCCCUCAUUCCGUCCGUCACCAGCCGCUCGUCCACGCCACCCCGGGGUUCCAGACUGGGGGGCCCCGGCGAGCUGUCACUGUUCGGCGCCCACAAAGACGGCGAGUCCAGAUAGUACAAAGACACGAGUGAAGGAGAUGAAGGGAAACGUCAGGAUCACUGUGCUGCUCGCUAACGUCUUCACCGUACACAAAAGUAGUCCCAGUGAGCGUGGCCUUUCGAGGCUGCAGCUGGUGGGAGAAAAUGCAAGACUCACCAAUGUGUUACCAGUGCAAUUUAGACGACAUUGUCCGUGUGCAUCUGACUAUUUGUUUCCCCUCCUGUGGGCGGUCUCUGACUGCCACAGUUUAUGUCGCAGACUUAGAAGCCAGCCUUUUCCGUGUGGACGGGCAAAGACUUCCAGAGGUAUGCGCACCUGAGAAUUCCUUCUCACCGUGGCGGCGUCAAAAAGAUGUACUGCUCCUACAUAAGGCGGAAGAGGAGGGUUUGUAGAAUGCAAAGUGGUUUCAAGCGUGGUCUUUGUGUGUCCGUCAUUGUGAAAAGACCGAUCCCCAAGUCACUUAGCGUUGUACCUCAUUUUCUUGCUUUUACCCAAAAAUCACCAACCCCAUCCUCGAACAUGAGAUUCAUCCCCUUACUUUGGUUUUGUUCCCGGGACGGACGGUGAAAAGAACUGUGCGACCAUGUGUGUGUGAGUGUGUGCGUGUGUGUGUAAACACAGCGUUUUAGAGCUUCCUCUGUUUCCCAGUCUCCUCUGGACUAUACGAGCAGGACCAGAUUAUAGUAGUCUAGACUAAAUGCCUUUGUAAUUAUUAUUCGUAACAUUAUCUUCUAUAAUAAUAAUAAUAAAUAUAUUCACUGUUAUGUUAUUCGUCAUUGUUUCAGGUAUGCACCAGUACUCUCUCUCUCCCCAGGUAGAAAUACUGCACAUCAUGCAAAAGGUUCCAGUGGACUCCAGGUGGAUCUCUAUGCCUUUUAUUAAGCUCUGACUGUGCGUCCUGGGUUUAUUGCUCACCCCCAUUUGGGCCGACCUUUCGGAGCCUUGUACUCGGAUGUUGAAAGACAAAAAAAAAUAAGUUAUAUACGUGGAUUAGUGGGACAAGGACUUAUAAGGCCGACACAGACAUCAACAGUGGUGGAAAGACUGGGUCCAUUAUUUUAAUAUUACCGUUUUUAUACCUUUCCAACCCCUCCCUUAGAGACCACAAAGAUGAAUUAUUAAAUGAACUGUUGUUUA